AUGUCCUUGGAAGCUUUCACACAAACUGCUAUUACCUCUUCCGAUCCUACUGCUGAAACCAAUCAACAAGACACAUCAACUUCUACACAUCAACAAGACACAUCAACUUCUACACAUCAACAAGACACAUCAACUUCUACACACGACCAAAUUCUUACAAAUGAUCAAGAUGCGCAACUACAAUCUCCAAUUACUCGUGUCAUAGUAAUUGCUAUUGACCAUUCUAGUCACAGUCAAUACGCGUUCGAUUGGGCGACUAAAAAUUUAUUGCGAAAGGAAACUGAUUUGGUAGUUUUGGUUAAUGUCAGACCAAUUACCUCAAUUCCUGGUCCAUACGCUAUAGGCGCAGCUUAUAUGGAUUUCAGCGACGUUGUUCUCAAUAUCGAGGAACAACAUCGUGCAAACAGCCAUCAACUUUUGCAGGAGUAUGCUUUGAAAUUGAAGCAACAGAACUUUGCGUGCAAAGCGAUUGCUAUGAGAGGUGAUGCACGCGAUGAAAUUGUUCGAAAGGUUGAAGAAGUCUGCGCGGAUUCUUUGGUAAUAGGAUCUCGUGGUUUAGGCGCACUAAAAAGAACCAUCUUGGGAUCUGUGAGCGAUUAUUGUAGCCACAUUUGUCGAUGCACCGUUAUUAUCGUCAAAGAACAUGAGAAUCGUCAUUGA